CCGCACGCAGCGCCGGUUUUAGACAAAGUGUGACCCUGGAAAAAAAUUUAAAGUGGGGCCCCAAAUCCUGAAAUAUUGGACUAGCAGUUUGACAGAACUUUGUAGGCACGGACAGCGGUUGCAACCACAGCAGCUGAGUAUAGACUGCCACAUCAUCUCUGUUAAGCCUUUCCACUGUAAACUGCUGAUCCUGCAGCCUCUUUGGAUCUACGUACCCAUGAAGAUGUUUGGUCAUCAUGUGAACAACCAUGUGUCAACAGGCAAUAAGAGGAACAAGGACUCCAUUGUAGUGCCACAAUCUCACAAAAAUGAACAGAGGAUCCUAGACCUCACCAACAAGAUCAUUGAACUGCUGACUGGAGAGAUUUCUAUAAGGCAUCAGGAUGUCACUGUCUACUUCUCCAUGGAGGAAUGGGAGUUCAUAGAAGGACACAAGGAUCUGUACAAGGACAUCAUGGUGGAAAAUCACCAGAACCUCACAUCACCGGGUAAUAGACCUAACUAUAUGCCCACUUCCUCUGAUGAAUUCUAUACAACCAAUGUAUCCAGUGAUUGUAUGCCUCCUACAGACAGGUCCAGUAACAGAAAUACACUGGAGACAUAUCCCAGUCCUAUCUAUCAUGAGGAAAAUCAUAAUAUCCUACAGAAUGACCAGAAUCUGAACAUUGUUGUAGUGGAUAUCUUACCAGCCAUGGACGAUGGUGCAGAUACUAUGUGUCACCAGCAGUGCACAAAUGAGGAAGUCUCAACAUACAUCAGCACGGAUGGGCACAGAAGAGAACACGAGCCUGGUAUGAACCCAGUUUACUGCACAGACCACAAAACAGAAAAGAGGGACAUUCCGGACGAUGGACAAAACCCUACAAGCGACAAUACACAUCUACUACUCCCCAACGGACAUAUAUUAUUUGGAUGCUUGGAAAAUGGGGGUAGUCUUCCUCUUACCUUAGUAGAUGGUUUACACUAUGCUGCUAACAUAACCGAGAACUCUUUCCAUUGCUCUGAAUGUGGCAAAAGCUUUGUUGCAAAUUCUCAGCUGUUGAGCCACCAGAAGUGUCAUAAAAAGGUUAAACUCUAUGGUUGUCAGAACUGUGGGAAAUCCUUCACACAAAACUCCUUCCUCAUCAAACACCAGAGAAUACACAAAGGCGAGAGACCAUUUGAAUGUUCUGAAUGUGAAAAGUGUUUCAGAAAACGUUCAGAUCUGAUCCGUCAUCAACGGAUCCACACAGGAGAGAAGCCUUAUUUGUGCCAAGAAUGCGGAAAAGGCUUUAAUCAGAGGUCACAUCUUUUGAGACAUUAUAGAACUCACACAGGAGAGAAGCCAUUUUCCUGUUUAGAGUGUGGGAAGUGUUUUACAAACACUUCGAGUUUGGCUGCCCACCAGAAAGCAGGGGGACAUGAGUAACGCAGGCGGAGUGAUGGAAAUGUUCUAGGGAGAGCAACUGUCCUCUAGAUCUGAUGAAUUGCUUGGGAGACAGGGAAUUUAUUUUAGGCUACUUUCACACAUGUGUUUGCCUUUUCCGGCAGGUGUUCUGCUAGAUCUGUGCUACCACAAGUCCACCGUGCCACCUGGAGUCUGGGGUGGGUCAGGAGUCUGGCCGCAGUACAGCAAACAAGCCGAGAUGGCAGGACAAAAACUGCAGCGCGCUAUAAUUUUUGUCCGGCUGCCUCUCGGCAUGUUUGUCGCAUUACAGUGAAUGGGGUCGAAGUGGACUUCCUGUGGCACGGUGGACUUGCGGUAGCACAGAUCCGGUAAGCUGUUCCUCCGCCAGAAAAGCCUGCUGGAAAAGGCUAUCGCAAGUGUGAAAGUAGCCUAAUUUCAAUGUGAUAACAAUAUUUUGCAUGAGUUUUAGCAUUUCUUUUUUAAAUAUCAGACCUUAUGUGUAUGUGCAUUCAGAUGUGCAAAGAGUAACAUAGUACGUAAGGCUGAAAAAAGACAUUUGUCCAUCCAGUUCGGCCUGUUAUCCUGCAAGUUGAUCCAGAGGAAGGCAAAAAAAAAAAAACUGAGGUAGAAGCCAAUUUUCCUCACUAUAGGGGAAU